AUGGAAGAAUGGCCAGCGGUGGCCUGCGUUUACUCGUCGAAGACCGGGGCGUGGGGCAAUCUCAUCCUAACACCGAUUCCAUCCGGGACCUUGCUUUCUAUUGAUGUGUUGGGUGUGCUGGUUGGGCAUUCCCUUUACUGGAUGCUUUAUGGUACUUCGUCAAAUAUCCUCCAGUUUGAUUUGAAGAGGGAGAGCCUGGCCCUGAUACCGGCGCCAGUGGCAGUGAGUAUGUUUGAUUUUGAAGGCAUCACACUCAUGCGGGCAGAGGAUGGUGAGCUGAGUUUACUCUCCUUGUCAGGCUUCAUCGCCCAAUUAUGGAAGAGGAACAUCAGCUGUAACGGUGUUCCAUCAUGGGGGAUAGUAAGAACUGUUGAAUUGGACAAGCUACUUUCCCUGGAUUCAGAGGAGUACGUAACCACACAUGGCUUUGCUGAGGAUAAUAAUUUGGUGAUCCUGCGGGUCAAUAUCAGCAGCAUCUUCACUGUCCAGAUUGAGUCACUACAGUUCAGGAAAGUUUCCGACAACACCAAAUGGUACUAUUAUCCAUUUGAAAGUGUCUAUGCUGCAGAUUAUGCAACUUCAUCUUUUCCAUGA